AUGCUUAAGGAUUUAUUACUUGAUUUUAAGAAAUGGGAUAUAAAAAGAUUUCUUCCUACUUCAAGUUAUAGAACAAUUUAUCAAAAUUUAGAUAUUAAAUUCGGCAAAGAAAAAACACAGCUUUUCGAAAUAUUCUUGAAAGAUAAUAUUUUUGAAGAUUUUUAUUUCACUUGCUAUGGGAAAUCCCUCAUGCGCAUGCUUGUUAGAUUUAGAAGUGAUAAAUGGAUUCGAUCUUUAGGCAAAAGGUGUAUAGACAAGUGCUUGCAGAAUAAUAAUCAUUUAGUUUCUAAAAUUACUUUACUAAGUAUUAUUUUUGAUGAAUAUAACUUUCCCCGGUUAUCAGAAAAUCAUCCCGAAUUUUUAGCAAAUAUUUUAUCCAAGAUAGGAUUUGUAGCUCCUUCUACUAAAGUAAAUCCAGAAUCUGCUUCUUCACACCUUUCUAAUUCUAAUAUAAAUAUGUUUACACAAUUUGGUUCUGCACUUAUUGCAUCUUAUUAUAUGAUAAUUACAGGAGAUUCAACUCCUAUUUCAUCAUGGAUUUCAAGUGAAGAUGCAGUGAUAAUUGAGUUAAUCAGUAAUGAAAAGAAUGAUAUUGCUUAUUUGGUUUUAAAAAGCGAG